CCCCGGCACCUGGGGCCAUGAGGCCGUGGGUGGCGGUGCUGGCCUUGUGGGAGGUGCUGAGGGCUGCAGCUGGGCGGUCGCCCGCCUUACCGAGCACCGUGGAUCAGGCCUUCAUCGAGGCCUGCGUGCGCGUCCACAACGAGCUCCGCACCAAGGUCCAGCCGGCUGCCAGCAACAUGCGGUACAUGACUUGGGAUGCAGCUUUGGCAAGGACUGCAAGGGCAUGGGCAAAUAAAUGCAUUUUUGAACAUAAUGUAUACUUAAGUCAGAAACAUCAGUGCCAUCCUAAUUUCACAUCUAUUGGAGAGAAUAUUUGGGUUGGAAGUCAUCAAGCAUUCUAUGUUGCUGAUGCUGUUAAAUCGUGGUAUAAUGAAGUCAGAUUCUAUAUUUUUGCAGUGCAGAAGUGUACUAAGGUUUGCGGUCAUUACAUUCAGGUUGUUUGGGACAAUUCAUAUAAAAUAGGCUGUGCUGUUACUCUAUGUAGGAAAGUUGCAGGAAUACGAAAUGCAGUAAAUUUUGUUUGCAACUAUUCACCAGGUGGUAACGUUCUAAGAAGACCAUAUAUAGAAGGAAAAUCAUGCAGUAAUUGUGCAAAAGGGGACACCUGUGAAAAUAAACUAUGUAGAAAUCCAGAACGUGAUAAAAUUAUCUAUUAUUCAAGAUGGCACCCCCCUUGGGAGUUCAGAAUUGUAUGCAGUGAGGCUUGUAUCAGUCUUGUAGUUUUGAGAGCAUCACUGAUGUUUCUUGCUUUUGUAGCUGUUUAUUUUAUCAAAAAACACUUUACAAACAUGCAUAUGUCCACCUAACUGGAUUUGAAAUACAUAUUGUCUUCUGAAGAUACUUGCUAAUGAAUUAAGCAAAAAAGUCAUAUUUACAUAACUUUAAAGACAACUUUCUUUGACAAUAAUUUUGUUGCCAUUAUUUUAUGCUCCUUAGAGAAAGCUAACAUGCCAAAAUAAGUGAAAUUCUAGGUGGUUAAAACCCAUAUUGGGAAAAUAUUAAGCUAAAGAUGGUAUCUGGUAAGGUUUGGAGCCUUAUUUUUAAAUACCGAAUUUCCCAAAACUGUGAUGUACUCUGUUCCUGGAAUUCAAGGAGAACAGUAUGUGUCAGUUAAACAACUGUUAAAAUUCAUACUAAGCCAAUAUUUGAAAUCACAAUUGCUUAAUUUAGGUGCUGAGAGAAACCUAGCAUCAUAUCAUGUACUGAGUCCUGUUUCCUAGAGUGACAGAAUGUUCUGAAUAGAAUGUAUAAAGUCAGAA